AGAACAACUUGUGAGCCCAACUACAUGUAUACGUAUAAUUUAAAAAUUAUAUCCAGUGUGUAAUAUAUUUAAAAGUGACCUCCAAUGGUGUCAUAUCUUUAAAUUGGCUUUAUUUAUUGUUUUUUUUUCAAGCUCUGCUGCUACCCCAACCGCCCCAGUAAACAAAUGAACAGUAUUGGCCAAUCCGACGACCCUCUGUCGUGUUAUUCGGAACGCAUGUGAUGCACUUGUUGAUGCAGAAGAUGUACCUGCUCACCCCACUGGUCCACAUUCCACCGGGAUGAUGAAUGAUCUGAUGAAACUCGUCUGAGUGAAGACUUGCAAAAUGUCCGACAUGGAGGAUUUGAGCGGGCCGAGCCUGCAGGCCAACGCAUCUGAGAGCUCCUCGUUGAACCCAGCCAGCGUGAUCGUGUCGGUGGUUUUCUCGCUCAUAUUCCUGCUGGGCACGGUAGGCAACAGCUUGGUGCUGGCCGUGCUUCUGCGCAGCGGCCAGGUGGGCUACAACACCACCAACCUGUUCAUCCUCAACCUGAGCGUGGCCGACUUCUUCUUCAUCAUUUUCUGCGUGCCCUUCCAAGCCACCAUCUACUCACUGGACGGAUGGAUGUUCGGUUCCUUCAUGUGCAAGGCAGUGCACUUCUUCAUCAACCUCACCAUGUAUGCUAGCAGCUUCACGCUGGCUGCCGUAUCCGUCGACAGGUACCUGGCUAUCCGCUACCCGCUGCGCUCCCGAGAGCUGAGGACGCCGUGCAACGCAGGGAUCGCCAUGGUAACCAUCUGGGGCCUCUCCUUGGUGUUUGCCGGGCCCUACCUCAGCUACUACCACCUGAUCGACUUCGCCAACAGCACCGUUUGCAUCCCGGGCUGGAAGGAGAAUGACCGCAAGCUCCUGGACACGUGCACCUUCCUGUUCGGCUACGUCAUCCCCGUGCUGAUCGUCAGCCUGUCGUACACGCGCACGAUCAAGUACCUGUGGACCGCUGUGGACCCCCUGGAUGGCAUGUCCGAGUCCAAGCGGGCCAAGCGCAAAGUGACCAAGAUGAUCAUCAUCGUCACGGUGCUGUUCUGCAUCUGCUGGCUGCCCUACCACGUGGUCAUCCUGUGCUACCUGUACGGCGACUUCCCCUUCAACCAGGUCACCUACGCUUUCCGCUUGCUGUCGCACUGCAUGGCUUACGCCAACUCCUGCGUCAACCCCAUCGUGUACGCGCUGGUCUCCAAGCACUUCCGCAAAGGCUUCAAGAAAGUCUUCAGUUGCCUGCUCAGCAACAAGGGACGCAACAAGGUCCACGUGGUGCACGUGGCCAACACCGUGCCGGGUUUCGAGGCGGCCUCCACCGAGGUGUCGCAGAUGAACGAGGAGAAUGCCAGGCAGAACGAGUGCGAGAUGACCAACAGGCGGCCGGCCGAGCCCCGGGAGGCCACCGUCACCCUCAACUUGCCCUUUCAGCACCCGACCUGAGCAUACUGGGGAGAACCACAGGCUUUGCGGUCAUUUGGAGCUGCGAGGCCUGGAUAGUGCAGUCUCGUGACUAGUUUUUUAACCGCACUUGUCCUCAAUAAGUGAUCUUGAGCAUAUCGCAGCUGAGUUUUGGCAAGAAUGGUAGACCACCAAAUUGCAGAGCACAGAUACUUGUUAGGAAAGAACCAUUCCCAGAUCCAUCCGUCCAGCUUCUAUUUGGUGGGCAAGUGGAGAUACCAGGUGUCGGGCCGAUACCAGUCUUACUGCAACAUAUUGGGUAACAUGAAGCCUUCAUAUAAUAGCCUCUGAUACUUAUUAAAGAAAAAAAAUCAAAUCAUGUGUGUCAGAGAGAAAUCAAGCUAACUGAAAUUUGAUAUAUCUGAAGUACGAGCGGUAUCAGUACUGGUAUCGGUCUGAAAAAAAUGGGAUGAAACAUCCCUUGCCCAAAAAUUGUGAGAGAAGCAGGGUAUAACCUUGAUUGGUUGCCAGUCAACCACAGAGCACAUAUAGACAAACAAGUACUGGACUAUUUUGCCGUCAAUGAACCCAAGAAAUAUGUCAGAGGACAGAACUGUGAAGCGCACAUACCAUCACACUGAAAAAACAAAGCAAAACGUAUUGUCUCAGAUAAAUGCAAGGCACACUCGCGGUGUUACCUCUCUCAAGGCAGAUCCAUUUUUAAAAAUAAGAAAUCAACGAAGAAGUCUGUGCAUGUCUAUUCUGUCUGGAUGACAGAUUUUAUAUGCUGCUGUGUGCAGAAUACACACGGCACAACCCGAAACACAAUGCUGCAUAGCAAAUGCUGCAAACACUAACAGUGAACAGGUUUUUU